CGCCGCUCCUCGGUUGGUAACUGCGUGUUGCCCUCACUCGCGAACGAACAGCCGCCAUGGCAUCACAGACCAUUGGGCGGGCUCCGCCGGAGAAGCACCUCGAGGAGCCGAAUGCAGUAAAGCAGGGAGAGAUGCAACGGGACGUUGAAGUGGGACCUGAAGUGGAACCUGACAUGGUCGAUAUUGAUAGGAUAGAGAGAGUAUACUCCAAACUCGACCGCCGAAUUCUUCCAGCCUUCUGGAUUCUCUACUUCCUAUGCUCCGCAAUCCGUUCCAAUGUCGGACUUGCUCAGACCAUGAACCUGAAAGAGGGCCAUGAUCUUGCCUCCGUGCUCAAAAUCACCCCCAAACAAGUGUCUACUGGUCUGGCGCUAUUCUACGUCUGCUAUGUCAUCUUUGACUUGCCGUCCAACCUCGUCAUGUCAAGAGUCAGUCCGCAUGCGUGGAUGAGUAGGAUUGUCACUUGUGUUGGCAUCAUUGGCAUGUGCUUGACUGCGAUGAAGGCAGCAUGGAGCUUUUACCUACUUCGAUUGCUUCUGGGCAUUGUUAUUGCGGGUAUGUGGCCUGGCAUGUCGUACUACUUGACUCUCUUUUACCCCCCUUCGCGAACCGGCAAGCGUAUUGGGCGCUACUUCACAGCAUCCCAAAUGUCCGCGGCCGUCGUCGGCUUGGUCUCGGCUGGGUUCCAGAAGAUGGAUGGAGUAGGGGGCCUCGUCGGUUUCCAGUGGAUGUUCCUUCUCUACGGCAUCAUUGGCUUCAUUGUGGGCAUAUCGCUCCUGUGGUGGUUGCCAGACAGGCCACUUCCUCCUGGCGAAGUCCGCAACCGAUCGGGAUGGUUGAAAUUCUUGCCAGAGGGCAAACCAGCGUUGACUGGAGAGGAUGCAAGGAUUCAUUACGAGGACCUAACGCGCGUGUACCAUCGCUCCACGUGGACCAUGAAAGAUCUCUGGAAUGUGGUGAUUGACUGGAGGAUUUAUCCACUAGUCAUCAUGUACUUUGGCGUUGUAGGUGUUGGCAACGGAACACAGGCCUACGCUACGGUCAUCAUCCGAGGCAUCAACCCCAAAUUGACGGGCAUCCAGCUCAGUCUGCUGUCUGCGCCCAUCUGGCUUAUGGAUCUCCUGGCCAUCCUGCUGGUCACGCCUCUCUCGGAUCGCUUCCACCACCACCGCGCUCUUUUCUUCAGUGGCGCUGUCAUGGUCCAGAUCACCGGGCUCCUGGUGGCUACAUUCGCUAAGAACUGGUCGCGAUAUGGCGGCAUCUUGCUGGUGGGCUUCGGGCUGGGACCAACGGUGCCCAUCUGCAUGACUUGGGCCAACGAGAUCUUCCAACCGCGCCACGGCGAAGUGGGUGUAGCCGCAGCCGCCGCGCUGGUGUCUGGGUUGGGGAAUCUGGGAAGUAUCCUGACUACCUAUGCACUGUACUCGGGGUGGCCGGAAGAUGCCAAGGUGGGACCGCAUAGGUACCGCAAGAGCAACCUGGUCAUGAUCGGGAUACUAUGUGGCAGUAUUCUGAGUGCGGCGAGCAUGGUUAUUUUGCUGAAGAUUUUCGGCAUUAGCAAGGCCAAGCAGAUCAGCAGCGCGAGCUCGACCAGCGAGGGCGAGGCUGUCUACGUGGACGGAGCCGCAAGGCGCGAGGUACAGCAGCGGGGACUAGGACGCAUGUUCUGUUUCCGAUGAUGGCAGGCUGCCCUGGACAGACAAACGUUGAUUGGAGCGGCAGGCAGCGAUCAGAAAUUUGGGUCCCUUUGGACGGGGC